CUUUAUUUAACAUGUUAACCCACAACCUCGUCAAGGUCUUCAUACAUCUUAUAAGUGUCCAAUAACACCAGCAACUACAGUAUUAUACAAGAUAAUGUAGUUUCUGUUUAUGCUGCCACAGUUGUAUAUUUAGGUACAGGUAUACAAACGAGAAGAUGCCCAAAAAAAAGACAGGGCAGAGGAAGAAGGCCGAGAAGCAGAAGGCUCGCCAGAAGGAAUUGAGAAAGGGUCGAGCCAAUCGCUCAUUGGCUGAUCUUCCAUGUAAUUCAAUUAUGGAAUGUGACAGAUGUCAGAGGCGUCAAAAGAAUCGUGCAUUCUGCUACUUCUGUCAGUCCAUCCAACGCUUACCACAGUGUGCACAUUGUGGCAAAGUCAAGUGUAUGCUUAAAACAGGUGACUGUGUAGUGAAGCACCCCGGCACAUACACCACAGGCCUAGGCAUGGUCGGAGCCAUUUGUGAUUUUUGCGAAGCCUGGAUAUGCCAUGGUCGCAAGUGCCUCCAGACACAUGCCUGUACGUGUCCUCUUGUUGAAGCCACAUGCAUAGAAUGUGAACGAGAUGUUUGGAGUCACGGCGGACGUAUCUUUCGUUGUCAUUACUGCCAGAAUUUCUUGUGUGACGAUGAUCAGUUUGAACAUCAAGCAUCGUGUCAAGUAUUAGAGCAGGAAUCCUAUAAAUGUUUGUCAUGCAAUCGUCACGGACAGUACUCCUGUCUUCGGUGCAAGACAUGUUAUUGUGAGGAGCACGUGCGUAGAAAAGGGUUCAAGUACGACAACAAGCAGAAGAUUCCUUGUCCCAAGUGUGGUUAUGAUACUGAGGAAACUAAGGAACUUAGCAUGUCAACUCGCACUCACAAAUUUGGACGACAACAACUUGGAGCCGAUGAUGAUGAUGAGUACGAAGAAGGUGCCGUAGGGUACGGCAAUAGCUACGAUGACUACUAUGACGACUCUGACUCUGACGAAGAUGACGACGAUGACGAGGAUGGGGACGAGGACGAGUCGGAAGAGGAAGAGGAAGUGGAAGAGGAGAAAGUAAAAUAAAAGAAAAGUUACUUGCUGAAGAGAAGUAUAUUCAGCAAACAUUUUUUACCAGAUAAAAUUAAACCUUGAAAAAAACAAUAUGAUAGAUAGAAGCCAUCAACUUCAGAAAUAUUAUGUGGAUUGAAUUAGUCUUUUUUAUACAGGAGAGCCCUGUUGAUGCAGCUCUGUACAGUAAGUCUUUAACUUACAAACACAUUAUUAGAUCUGAAUUGUGUAUGAUAUUCAUAAUACAGGAAGUCUUUAACUUACAAGCAUGUUGGGGACCUUCUGUAUUGUGUAUGAUAAUGAUAUUAUACACAGUAAUGAUCUUCUUUCAACAGACUGUCUGUAUCCACCAAGGCGGGGCGGCCCAUAAAGAAAAACAAAAGUUUCUCUUUUUAACUUUAGUAAUGUAUACAGGAGAAGGGGUUACUAGCCCCUUGCUCCCAAAUGUUUGUCGCAUCUUACGACACGCACGGCUUACGGAGGAAGAAUUACACAGUAAUGAUAUAAUGAUGAUAUACACAAUACAAAAGGAUUCUGAAUGUGUUUGAAAUUUGAAAUCUUACUGUAUAUGGUCAUCUUUCCUCUUUCCCUUUCACAACUGUUGUAUGAAAGAGAGAGAGAGCAUAGCAACAGUUACGACAGAUCAUUAUUUAGUGGUUGCUUCAGUAAAAGUAUGAGGAAAAUGGCAACCAAGGAGAGUGGUGUCAGUGGACAAGAAAGAAAAGAAAGUGAAUCAGCUAAAAUGGUAAUAACAGUGGAGGAGUGGUAAAAGCAUCAAGCAUAAUGAAUAAUGGCUGAAUUGAAAGCCAACAAAAAAUGUGGAGCAACAAAAAAGGAAAAAGGGGCUGUAUACUGUGGAGCCCUCCUGUAUACGUGGAGCCCUCCUGUAUACGUGGAGCCCUCCUGUAUACGUGGAGCCCUCCUGUAUACGUGGAUCCCUCCUGUAUACGUGGAGCCUUCCUGUAUACGUGGAGCCUUCCUGUAUACGUGGAGCCCUCCUGUAUACGUGGAGCCCUCCUGUAUACGUGGAGCCCUCCUGUAUACGUGGAGCCCUCCUGUAUACGUGGAGCCCUCCUGUAUACGUGGAGCCCUCCUGUAUACGUGGAGCCCUCCUGUAUACGUGGAGCCCUCCUGUAUACGUGGAGCCCUCCUGUAU